AUGGCUUCAGGAAUGCCAGAUUUAUCAAAUGCCAUAGUCGCACAAGAUGAAACCGGUCGUCCGUUCAUCAUCGUUCGUGACCAAGGUAAAAAACAAAGAAAACACGGUUUAGAAGCUGUCAAAUCUCAUAUUCUUGCUGCUCGUUCAGUUGCUUCAAUUGUUAAAACCUCAUUAGGACCAAGAGGAAUGGAUAAAAUCUUAAUCAGUCAAGAUGGAGAUAUCACAAUCACUAAUGAUGGUGCUACUAUAUUGGCACAAAUGGAUUUGGAUAAUGAAAUUGCUAAAUUAUUAGUUGAAUUAUCAAAAUCUCAAGAUGAUGAAAUUGGUGAUGGUACCACUGGUGUAGUUGUUUUAGCUAGUGCUAUGUUGGACCAAGCUUUGGAAUUGAUUGAAAAGGGGAUACAUCCUUUAAAAAUCGCCAAUGGGUUUGAUGAAGCUUGUAAGAUUGCCAUUGGUCGUUUGAAUCAAGUAGCUGAUGAAAUCACAAUUGGUAAUGGUAAAUCAGAACAAGAUAAUGAAUUAAUAAGGGCGGCCAAGACUUCUCUUGGAUCUAAGAUUGUUUCUAAGGCUCAUGAUCAUUUUGCUAAUAUGGCUGUGGAUGCUGUUAUGUCAGUGGCUGAUUUUGAAAGAAAGGAUGUUGAUUUUGAAUUAAUUAAAAUGGAAAAGAAAGUUGGUGGAUCUAUUGAAAAUUCAGAAUUAAUUAAAGGGGUAUUAUUAGAUAAAGAUUUUUCUCAUCCUCAAAUGCCAAAAUUUGUUAAAGAUUGUAAAAUUGCUAUUUUAACUUGUCCAUUUGAACCACCAAAACCAAAAACUAAACAUAAAUUAGAUAUUUCUACCGUGGAAGAAUUUAAAGUCUUACAAGAAUAUGAACAAAAGAAAUUCCAAGAAAUGAUUGGUUUAGUUAAAGCAUCAGGAGCAAAUGUUGUUGCAUGUCAAUGGGGUUUUGAUGAUGAAGCAAACCAUUUAUUAUUAGCUAAUGGAUUAAAUGCAAUCAGAUGGAUUGGAGGUUCCGAAUUGGAAUUAUUAGCAAUUGCAACCAAUGGACGUAUCGUACCUAGAUUUGAAGAUUUAACUCCUGAAAAAUUAGGUACUGCUGGUAUAAUUCGUGAAUUAGAAUUUGGUACCACUAAAGAUCGUAUGUUAGUCAUUGAAGAAUGUUCAAAUAGUAAAGCAGUCACAUGUUUCAUUAGAGGUUCAAAUGAAAUGAUUGCUGCUGAAGGUGUCAGAGCCUUACAUGAUUCCCUUUGUGUUGUACGUAAUUUAAUUAGAGAUAAUCGAGUUGUUUAUGGUGGUGGUGCUGCUGAAUUAACAUGUUCUUUGGCCGUGUCUGAAGCUGCUGAUAAACAAAAGGGAAUUGAUCAAUAUGCAUUCAGAGCUUUCGCACAAGCAUUAGAUCAAAUCCCAAUGAUUUUAGCUGAAAAUUCUGGAUUGGAUCCAAUUGAAACUUUAUCAAGUUUGAAAUCUAAGCAAGUUAAUGAAAAUUGUUCUCAUUUGGGUGUGGAUUGUUUAGGUAAAGGAACUAAUGACAUGAAGGACUUGUUUAUUAUUGAUCCAUUGAUUGGUAAGAGACAACAAUUGUUAUUGGCUACUCAAUUAACUAGAAUGAUCUUGAAGAUUAAUGAUGUUAUCAUUAGUGGAAAAGAUGAAUAUUGA